AUGAAGAUCAUUUCUCUGGUCGUUGUGUGCCUGUGUUUUGCCAUUGCUCAAGGAGGUCACCCAGGAGGGCCCAAGCCUGGAAAGCCUACCAAAGCACUUCCAUCUCCAUAUAUUGAGAAACUCGUGAACUAUGGGGAUCAAAAUGAUGCCGUUCUGCAGGGAUUCCUCGUCUAUCCCAAAAAAGCGAGCAACAAGCACAAAUUUCCAGCAGUGAUUGAGUUCCACGCUUUCACUGGCCGAACCGAGUUCGACAAUCAAAAAGCCAGGGAUCUCGCUAAGCUUGGUUACGUAGCCUUCGCUGCCGAUGUCUACGGCGUAGGCGUCGCAUCUAAUGACACCAAUACGAAUUUCGCUACAAUGGGGCAAAUGCUUGCACAGCGUACCACAGUACUUCAACAGAGGGUACGAGCAGCAUGGAAUCUGGUGAAGCAACUGCCGUACGUGGACAACCAAAAAAUCGGAUGCAUUGGUUUCUGCUUCGGCGGUCUCACCUGCUUGGAUUUGGCCAGAUUCGACGUCGGUCUCGAGGCCGCGGUUUCCUUCCAUGGAACUUUGACCAACUAUCCAGGAAACAACACAUCUAUUGGAGCGUCUAUACAAGCUCAUCACGGCGACAUCGAUCCUCACACCACCAACGCCGACGCCGAGUCAUUCAAAGAGGAAAUGCGAGCCAGGGGUGCAGAUUGGUUCUUCACUUCGUACUCCGACGCAAUGCAUGCCUUCACUCUGCCAGGCAAGUGCAACAGAGAGAGUCGAGAACUGGGGAAUCCCAGUACAGCUACACCAGAAGCAGGAUAA